CCAUGGUCAAACGGAUGUCACCCGCGGAAAAGUGAUUACACAUUCUCUUAUGGGCCUGAUGGCCGCUCUCAGGUUUCUCUCUGGUCAUAGUUUCGGAUGAAAAGUGUUAAGUGCGCGAAUGUCGAAAGAGUAGUACAAUUUCCCUAGGAUUCCACCUGUCCGCGACGGUGUGACGUCACAGUACUGACAAGCUCAUCCCGUGAGUACUGUCAGAUCUUGCAGAGAGAUUGAUAAAACGUUUUUCAAGCCUUUCUGUUUGAAGUGAUUAGAAAUUAUCGCGCUGUUUCCUCUUCUUCCUUCUUCUCUUAUGCCCUGCUGUUGUGCGUCCCGAGUCGCUGACGUUGACAACAUUCCGCGAUAAGUGCCGCAGUGUGCGUCCGUCGAUGUUGAAAUGAAGCAGAAGCGCGUCAUGUAUGGCGACGCGCGGAAGCUGUUUGAGAGACAUUCGCUGUCGGCCCUAUACGGGCCUUGCCUCGCGUUGGACUAAUGAUCAAUGGCUUUAUUCGAGAAGAGAUAUACGAAUAAAGUGCUGUUGGAUGAUACGGAGCAGCUGACCAGUGUCAUCGAAAAUGCAAGAACUAUCGACGGACAUACGGAAUAUAUAAUCAAAGUACAAAGAGGUCCUCUUCCUGAAAGAUCUUGGAGAGUCAGCAGACGUUACAAUGACUUUGUACAGCUUAAUGCAGCUUUAUCUAUAUCUGGCUUUGACCUGCCAUUACCACCUAAAAGAAUUAUUGGUAAUAUGGAGCCAGACUUUAUAGCUCAACGACAAAUAGCACUGCAGAAUUAUCUAAAUAUAGUACUAAUGAAUCCUAUACUGGCGUCUUCGCUUCCUGCAAAAAAAUUUUUUGACCCUGAAAAUUAUAAAGCACCGUUACAUGAAAUUGCAUUGCAGCAAGUGUCAUUGGCAUUGCGGAGUGAUGCUAAUUUCGAAGUAUGUAAGCCUAUCCCUGAUAUGGGAUGGCGACUGAGGAAACAUUAUUAUACGGUGAAAAAUCGACAGAAUCCCAAACAAGAACUCUUGCUCGCUUGGGUCGAUUUCGGUCCUGACAAACAUUUACAAGAUAAGGAUAUACAAGGCAUUUUCAAAACUUUAGGAUCCUUACGACACAGUUACAUCGAACCGAUAGUGCAUCAGCAUGUUACGGACAAUGGAGCUUUAAUGAUCAGAAAUUUCUAUCCAAUGGGCACAUUGCGUGAUAUCUUGUGCAUUACUAAGCCUAAGCAGCCAUUUAUCAAGAAGUAUGGAAAUCCGAAACAAACAAAAUCACUUACCACACAGGAAAUUGCUACGUAUGGUUAUCAGAUAUUAGAAGCUCUGGGAUUUCUUCAUGAAAAGGGAUUACCUUACGGACAUUUGCAUACCGGCAAUAUCUUUUUAACACCAAAAUGCGCUAAAUUGUUGGAUAUAGAAAAUGGACUCCUAGGAUUGCCAGCAUUUUAUCGGCCUUACGUAGUGCAAAGACGCAAACUACAUGCUACGACUCAAGUUGAUGUGUAUUCGUUUGGACAUGUUCUUUACGAAAUGACGUUUGGACGUCCGCUCUUAGAAGCAACAUGCUCCGAUCUACCGCAUUGCGAAACAAAUUUGAAAAAUUUAUUAGAGAUUAUCUUAUCACCGGAAGCUUUGAAACAAGAUCUACCAACGGUGGCUCGAUUGUUGGAACAUCCGUUUUUCGAAUCAGCGAGGCAUGCCGCUGCCUCGUUAGCGGCCACCGUGGAAAAGCCGUAUUUUAAAUUGAGUAGCCAUCUGAAAGAAGCCUUGCAAGAAGCUGUGAAUAAGGCAGAACAACGACUUCGCGACGAACAAAAAGUUGUCCGACAUCAGAAGAGGCUCGUUAAGGUUCAAGAAAUGAUGAGUUCCGAGGAAGAGAUGAAAAAGCGGAAGCACAAACUUAAAAAAGAACAAAAAUUGGCUCAAGAACAACGUUCUGCGUUGCAAUUGGGUGCGAACGGAGCGAAGCAAAUAAACGGUAAGAGUCCAGAACGUUCGGAUAGUCCAACCAGUACUUCCACAGCUACCAGCGUUGGAACGUUGACUCCUCCGUCGCUUCGCUCAGUGGACAUUCCGCAAGGAAAUGCAGUUCCUGGCAAAGGUGCUCCGCCGCCACCACCACCUUUGUUGUCACCACCGCCUGAAGCAUCUGGUGGCAGUGCAACAAAUAAUGUACCAAAAUCAUCGAGUGACCGUGCUGCUCUACUUGGAAGUAUUUGCAAUUUCGACAAGACUAGAUUGCGAAGGAUCACAAACGGACAUCGUUAGAUCUGCCGUCCAGGAACAAGCCUAAACUGUAGAACAACCAAUCAAAAAUAAUGCUUUGAAAACUUUUACGAAUUGUCUUUUACAUCGCAUUCUUCCAAUAUGUACAUAUAUAUAUAUAUAUAUAUAAAUAUAUUAGACUAUUUAAAUUACAACUCUCUGUCGGAUAAAAUAUAGUAAAUAGAGAUGUAUAAUUGUAUAUUAUCUAAUUUACAGAAAAUGUAUAGUAAUUAUUACUCUGGGAGCAAUUUAAAUCAUUUUUAGAUUUAUUUUAUUUGAUAUUACGACUGAUCGAGACUACGAGCCAAGAACAUAAUCGUGUGUGAUUAUUUAACAAAACAAAAACAAAGUGGAAUUCUCUAGUCCAACAUAUCUCCCUUUUAUACAACACAAUAGCGAUAUAGAAUUUUGUAUUGCAAUUUGUUUAAAGCGGGCCAAGUUUCGCGAUCGAUUCUUAUAUUGACUCAUUAUUGACUUGUUUUUUUCUUUUUGUAUAAUGUGUAUAUACAUGUAUUAAAUUUGUUUAUACAUACAAAAAAAAACAAAGAAAAAGGCAGUGAUACAACGAGGUGAUAGCAACUACAGCGCGUAUUUACAUAAAUUUUUUCCCGUUACAUACUUAUCGAAUAUUUUGUCUAUAUUCAAAGUUUAUGUGAUAAAUAUACAUUAUAUAUAUAUAUAUGUAUAUACAUAUAUAUAAUUACUAUAUAUAUAUACAUAUAAUGUAUAUAUAUAAAAUAUACAUAUACAUAGUUCUCGUUUGAUACAAUGCGAGGAUCGCAUGCUGCUUUUGUACUGCUUGUAAAAUCGGAAUGUCCAAGUUUUGUGAAUUAAAAAAAAAUUGUGCCAAGAGAUUUGCGAUCUUCGUAUUGAUAAAUAAUUAUAUAUAUGAUGCCAGAGCAUAUUAGGUCAUAGUGUAAACUAUUUCUAUAUAUAUAUAUCGAGAACAGUCAUGUAUGUGUCCUGUAUAAUCCAUUUGUUCGUGUAACCGAAAUUGUAAUAUAUAUAAUCACAUCUUUUAAUAUACUUACAUAUAUCGCUGUCUUCAAAGAUAUAUGUGACAAAAAUAGUGUAAAAUAUUGAGUCAUUGAAUAUGGUCUCUGGCGCGGAUAUAAUGAUAAUAACAAAACGUAUACACUCUGAAAAAACAAACAAACAAAUAGAAUAAAAUAUUCAUCUUUACCCUUUGUGGCCUACUGUUUCCAAAAAGUUGUUUGCACGAUCAGUCAAAAGAACAUCAGUAGAGUAAAAAAAUAUAUCAGUAGAGUAUCUAUUAUAAAACUUUUGGAGCGACUCCGAUUAUUAUUUUUUUCUUUUUUUCAAAAGAAAAAGAAAACAUCACAAAAAUCGGAAUUGAUUCUGAAAAAUAAAUAAAUAGCAACUAUCCCGAAUCUGAACCAGAAAGAAUUCUUUGUUUGUGUAUAUGUUACAUUAAAAGCAUGAAGUAACUAAUAAAAAUGUGUGAAAGCUUUUAAUCUGUAACAUAUUGCGAUAAAAUCUUCAGGAACAAAUGACAACUUCUAAAAGAGUCUUUUGUAUAACUGACAUGAUUUUUGUGUUACUUUAGAGAUUUAUCAUAUGCCUUGAAUACAUAUUUGUGAGCAGAUAGUGUGUAUAAAUAUAUAAUAGCAGAAAUUUAUAUUAGAAAUCUUAUGUAUUUGUAAGGAAGGGAACAAAUUUUACGUUUACUGAUAAGAGAGAGAUGUUGAAAACAAACAAAAUUUUUAAUUUUAUUUCAGACGAGAGAGACGAUAUUUUAAUACUUGAUAUAUUCAACAAGUAUGAUACAUAUAAAUUUAUAUAUCACGUUUGAAUAGUUUCAAAAUUUUGAUAGCAGUCAUGUAUGUGUAUAGUAUAAAAGUAUCUGUAUCCAACAUUGUGUACAUAUGCACACGCGAGGAAACGUACGUGGAUAUGCGAUUGUCAUGAUAACAGCUGUUGUAACAUUAGAUAUGUACUGCAAUAAAUAUUCCAACGGUAAUCAUUUAUUGUUAUCGUUCAUCGAAUGAAUAUCUUUCGUGAACUAUUGAAAUAUCAAAAUCAUUUCCUGUCCAUACUUCAGUCUCACGUUUGUCAAUAAUUUUUCAACUUUACUACUAUUACAAAAUGUGAAUCUUUCGAAACACGAAAAACACGCGCUAUAUAAUAUUCUUAAUUACGAGCAGAAACGCGCUUAAUUAUUCGUGAUUCUCGAUAAAACAAGAUUGUUAAUUGGCACAGUUCUUGAAACGCUGAGCAUACAAUUAAUUAUGGCCACGUGUGCUACACUCGCGUCCUUUAAUAAUAAUAUAACUAACUUUUAUUUGAAAAUAAAAUAUAGAUGAGGUACUGUCACACAGCUUUUAUAGUUACAUUAUCAAACUUCGGUUGUAUUACGUAAUUUUCGCUUACUAUAAAAAACUUAUUGACAAUCAUCAUAAAACCGCAAUAAUUACGAUUGUUCAUGUUAUGUACACACACAUAUAUAUACAGGGUGUUCUAGAAUUGCCGUACAAUCUCUCGUAGGCAGGUAGGAGGAGUAAAACGGAAUCGA